AAGGGACUAAUAAAGACUAUUUUUUAUUUUUAAAUGCAGCUCAACAACACAGCCGCAACAACCGUAGAUAUUAGAGACUUGUCAAGGAAAUAGUAGUAGCGUUUACAAUAACAACACUCUGGAAUACUUUUACGUGAGCACAGCCAGUGAACUGCCAAACGCAACGUUUACAUGUUUUUUACGUAACACACGUCAAUUUGAUUGUAACAAUAAUAACAGAUAUCUUAACGAUCCGUAUGACUCACAGAACCUGAACAACUGCAGCAAUAGUGACGAUUCCUUUAUCUACAUCAACAAUCAGAGUCCACAUCAAUACCUUAACAAUCACCUGCGCUACUUGCAACAACAGCAGCAGCUACUACAUAUUCAGCAACAACAACUGCUAAUAGAACAACAGUACCUCAGUCAACUUCAUAAUAUACAUCAUCAUCAUCAUCAACGCCAACGUUACGAUUACUAUAAUCAGCGUUCUCGGCUCUCAUUGCCAGUGUUGCCACGCGUCCACCUGCAACUGCAGCAACAACAACAGCAACAGCUAGUACGACCUGUGCAACCUGUACAGCAUACAACACUAACGCUGUUACCGUCUCAGCAGCAGCACCAACAGCCUUUGACGGCAUCAUCAUCAUCAACAGCAGCGGUGCACAACGAAGAGGAGAGCGCCGUCGCUGUCGCUGUCGCCAACGUCGUCGCUCCCACUCCCGCGUCCACAUCCGUACCGGUAACUGCCUCCUCUGUCGCCGUCAUCGCCGCCUCUGGUGCGUCCUGUACACAGCCGCAGCCGCUACCGCAGCCGCAGCAACCAUUCACCCUGUUACAACACACACAAAUGUCCAAUAAGCUAAAUCCGAAACGCCGCGAAGGACCGAUCACUACCGGUACCAGCACAACAUCGGCCGGCAAUACAUCCUCAGCCGCAAAUACAUCCUCCUCAUCUAGCUCAUCAUUGUCGUCCGCCGGAGGCGGUGAUGGUGGUAUGUCUGCCGAUCUAACUUCAUUGUUUGAGUGUCCGGUGUGCUUCGAUUAUGUCUUGCCACCGAUAUUGCAAUGUUCUAGUGGGCAUCUGGUAUGCGUAUCGUGCCGCUCGAAACUCACCUGCUGCCCAACAUGUCGCGGACCAUUGGCCAAUAUACGCAAUUUGGCAAUGGAGAAAGUCGCCUCAAAUGUGAAAUUCCCGUGCAAACACUCGGGUUAUGGUUGUACAGCUUCGCUGGUUUACACAGAAAAAACCGAACACGAAGAGACAUGCGAAUGUCGACCAUACCUGUGUCCAUGCCCGGGUGCAUCGUGUAAGUGGCAAGGCCCAUUAGAUUUGGUCAUGCAACAUUUAAUGAUGUCACACAAAAGCAUUACUACGCUACAGGGCGAGGACAUUGUCUUUCUCGCCACUGACAUCAACCUGCCCGGCGCUGUCGAUUGGGUUAUGAUGCAGUCUUGCUUCGGCCAUCACUUUAUGUUGGUGCUUGAAAAGCAAGAGAAAUAUGAUGGACACCAGCAAUUCUUCGCAAUUGUGCAGUUGAUCGGCUCGCGGAAAGAAGCCGAGAAUUUCGUCUAUCGUUUAGAGUUAAAUGGCAACCGUCGACGUCUCACUUGGGAGGCUAUGCCGCGGUCCAUACAUGAAGGUGUUGCAUCUGCUAUACACAACUCCGAUUGUCUGGUAUUUGACACAUCGAUUGCGCAACUGUUUGCGGACAACGGAAAUCUCGGCAUUAAUGUUACCAUUUCGAUUGUCUAAAAUGAAGCAACAACAACAAACACAUACACAAAAAAGAGAGAGAAGACAAGGACAGGGAAUAUUUGUAGAAGAUAAGAAAUAGUAGAAGGGGGGUGGGAGUGACUUGGAUUUUUUCAAUUGUGAGGGAGUGCAAAACCCGAUAACAAGCUUCAGCAAAAUGGGACAAAAAUAUAAAAAUUGGCGCACACUGUUACAUAUAUGUAUAAAGUGGGUUCAAGCAUGUAUCCAAAUAACCUAGAAAUAACAAAAAAUAAAUGCGAAAGACAGAAAUUGGAUUUUUUGUUUUUUACCAAAAAAUGUAUAUAUUACAAGCUAGGCCGGCAGCGUGGAAAACUUGAAAUAAAAAUAAACACAUUUUUACAUUUUAAAUGAAAGCCCCCAAAUAAUUUCUAAUAAAUGACCAUUGCACGGUUUGUCCUUAUUUACUGUUCGUAGAUCGCUGGUACGUUGGAAUCGCGAAAGUCAAAAAUUUCACCUAAUAAUAAAUUGCACAUUGUGUACAUACAUACAUACCUAUGUAUAUAAAAUAGAUUUGGUUUACUGGCAACCCUUAUUUUUUUUUUUUUUUAAAGCGUUUGUCCCGUUCCAUUUUGCGUUGCUUGCCGUUUAUUGCAGAAACCGUUUUCAAAACGAUUUCAUAAAGUCAAGGCUUCAUUUGUUUCCUAUUUUUAUGUUAUUCUUCUAAAUCUAUAAAUAUAUAUAAUGUAAUGUAAUAUCAGAAGAAAAACACUUUGGUUUAAUUUAUUAUAAUACGACACAAAACUGCUCCAUCUUUUCAUGGCCAAACGAAUAAAACGCAAGGUACAAACAUGCACUCAGAAUUAUUGCCAAUAUAUGUACAUACGUACAUACAUAUGUAUGUGUACCCGAAAAUACUACUGUGAGCAAAAAAUAGUAAGACUUUUUUUUCACAUUCGUAAAAAUAUUUUUUUUCUAGGUUGGCAUGACUGUUGGUGACAUCUGUGCCAAAAUUCACAUCAAAAUUUAAUAUCAUUAGUGAUUCAUCAUUGUUGUUUUUCUGAAGUCCAUAAAGUGCAUUCGUCAAUUUUUACAUCGAGUGAAAUUAUUCAACAAAGAAGUUCCACUAAAUUUUGUAUACGGAAUCAAAUCUCUGGUGCCGAAACGUGCAGAAUGUUAGAAAAGGACUUCGGUGAUAAUUGUUUGUCGCGGGAAAGUAUUUUUGAUUUGUAUAAAUUAUUCAAAGGGGGUCGAGAAUGCGUUGAAGACGAACCACGUUCAGGAUGGCCAUCAACAUUAACUGAUGAUCAACACGUCAAUAAAAUAAAGGAAUUGGUGCUUGAGAAUCGACGAUUAACAAAGAUCAGAGAUCUUACUGGCAUCGAUGGAAUAUUUGAAGGGUCAGUGAAAACCAUUUUGAAAGAUCAUUUGGGCCUAUGAAAGCACUAUUGGUUCCAAAAUCACCACACAAAUGAUUAAUUGGACCAAAAUUGCAGCAAAGGUACGCCAAAGCUGAAAAAAGCACGUCAGAGCAGGUCAAAAAUCAAGGUUAUAUUGACAGUUUUCUUCGAUUAUCGUGAUUUGGUGCACUCCAAAUUUCUUCCGACCGUCCAACAGUCAACAAGGUAUACGAUAAUCAACACCACGAUAAUGCAGCGUCGCAUACUGCAUUGAUUUUUCGUCAAAUUCUCAACCAAUAUCGUGCCGCAACCACAGUAUUCGCCUGAUUUAGCUCCGUGUGAGUUUUGGCUAUUCGACAAACUCAAAUGACCGCGCGGGGGAAACCGUUUUGAGUCAAUUGAAGUUAUUAAACGUGAAUUGCAACGCACUUUGAAGCCUAUUCCGGAAAUUGGUUUUAACAACUGUUUCGAGUAUUGGAAAAAAUGUUGGCACAAGUAUAUUGAGGCCAAGGGGAUUACUAUGAGAGGCAUGACAUAGAUUUUGAAAAAUGAAUUAAGAACUAUGAACAAAAUCUUACUAUUUUUUGCCCAUAGUAGUAUUUACUUUAUCCGUUCGGAAACUAGAUUCAUAAUUUUGCUUGCUCUAAAGCAUUUUACUCUUCUUGCUCCUUCGGGGAAACAUGCAAACAGGUUAAUAAAAAUGCAUGUGUAUGAUUAUACGCAUAUUAUGUAAUUAAAAAAACUCGUAGAUUGAUCUGAUCGGGGUUUACUUAAAAUAUUUCUAUAAAUUUUAGUACACAAAUGCUGAUAUUGGUGGACAUAGAUCUUUAUACCCUUGACUACACUUUGACUACUUUCUACAAUAAAUGCCCAGUGAUAUUAUAAUUUAAAAUAAAGCAGUAAAAACAUUAACUUCGUUUGCAUCGAAGCUAUAAAACCCUUCUCAAAUACAAAAAAAUGUAUGAAAUUUUUUUUUAACUUGAAUUUGAUUUUGUUCGUUCAGUUUGUACUUGUAUGUAUAUCUGUUACAUGCUAUACUGAACCGAUCUGAAAAAUUUCUUUGGAUAUUGCAUCACUGCACACUUAAUACCGAUCUUUCAAUUUCAUUGGCAGCUAUAUUGACCCAAUAACGGUAGUUCCGAUAAGUGAGCAGCUCCUUGGGGAGAGGACAUGUGCAAAAUUUUAGAUCAAUAUCGCAAAAACUGAUUGACUAGCCCGCGUAUUUGUAUACAGUGAGGCGGAUGGGCAGACAGACAGGUUAAAUCGACUCGGUACGUUAUGUUGAUCAUAUAUUUAUGGACAUAUAUGUAUUUUAAUAGGGUUUCAGACGUCUACUGCGGGUUACAAACUUCAUAGCAAACUCAAUAUACCCUUUUCAGCGUAUAAAUAUUUAUUUAGCCACAACAUUUAGUAAAAUAAUAGUUUCUCGAAACAUUUUUGUAGUCUUAAAUAGUACUAAUUCUAACUAACUCUUAACUUUAAUGUUUCUCCACAUUAUGGAAAUUGUUAAGCUUGUAUGAAAUUACUGGCGCUUAUGUAAAAAUUGAAUACAAAUGUAAAUUAAUUUUUAUAACUUUGCUGUACUAAAUUACAUAAUUUUUAAUGCAUUUGAGCCUGUUUGCACUAAUGAUCGAUCAAAAAAAUUGAAAUGAAACCAAAAAGGAACCAGAACGUAAAGCGAAAUGUGGUGAAAAACCUACAAUGCCGAAUGUGUUAAUAGUUUAUAAAAAAAAUAAUGGACACCAACUUUGCAACUGAGGCAAAAAUUUAAGAACAAAUGCGAUAAUAGUAGACAAACAUAAAUAUAUAGUUAAGAAUAUGCCAAUUGGUAUAUAGUAAAACUCAAUUUGGAAUCUACGCAUAAACAAUGCGCAUACAUGCAUACGUAUGUACAUAUAUGUUUAACACAUGUGAAUGUGUAUGUAUGUACAUAUUUACUUUACUCUACGCUGACACCUAAGAAGUAAUGUAUCAUACCAUUAUUUUUACCAUAAGUCCAUGGAGCAUUUGCCACAAACAAAUGGACGUAUUUAACUGUAUGUAACUGUUUUCCUACUUGAUUUCUUAAUUUUUCCCCCAACUGGGUUGCUUUCACCGUAAACACUUACAUACGUUUUUUCCCCCCAAAUGCAUAACGUCUAUGUAUGUUUGUAUGUAUGUGUUGUACUUUAGCGCUCUGUACAGCAACUGCACGAGCGUAUUUAUAUGAAGAUAUUUUAACUUAAAAUAUACAUAACUUAAGCUAAACUUAUGUAUACUGAAAGAUGUAGUUAUUCUGUAAUAGGUUAGUCGAUCUCUAAAUUAUGAUUGAUGAGAAAUACUGAAGACACUAAAAAAUAACAGUAAUAAAAAAUAAAAAUAAAAAAAUUGAAAAGCGUAAAAAACAUAGAAAUGUGAAAAAUCAACACUAGUUUAAUUUGAUUUAAUUUUUAGUGCUCCUAUGUGACUUGUAAAUUAUCAUUAUCUAAUAUCUCAUUAAAUAUACGCAUGAACAUUUGUAACUGAACACUGUUUUCUUUCCAAUUAUCAUCCUACAAUAUGUAUGUUUGUCUUUGCUUGUAUUUAAAAACAUUUUUAAAUAAAUUUUAUGCCACACUUUAUGUUCAUAUCUCAAAGCAACAACUGAAAUCGUUUAGUAGACUUUUUUUUAAGUUUUCCACUGUUUAGUUAUGCUCCGACUUUUUAAUUUGUUAAUUUUUAUUUAAUAUCUAUUAGUGAAACGAAAUAAUGUAAAACACGCGUUGAAAAUAACUUAAAGUGCAUAAGUUUAAGGAUACAUACUUGUAAGACAACCAUAAGACGGACGUUCAAAACACGGCGGUACGAAUCGAAAUUCUUGCAAGUCAAAGGACUACAGUGAAUGUGAACAUACAACAACAUGUGUUUAAAACAUAAAAGUGAUUAGAGAAAAUAAAUAUUUAAAAAUGAA